UACCUUUUUUAUAACCUCAAAUUCAACUACCAGUGUGAAAUGAUUCAGAAUGGGUUCCGUAAUCUCCCCGAAUAAAUUAAAACCCCUACUGUAAAUCUUCAUUAUUGAUUAUUUUUGCUUUGAAUUUGUUUUCAUUGACCAACUACUUGGUGAUUAGACACAACAACCUGCUUUAAUUUUGCAAGUUAAAUCUUCCAGAGUAGGCUUAUUAAUAGCUUUAGAGCAUCAUCAAUUCAUGAACUAUGGGCCUGCUGUCAAUUUUAAGAAAACUUCGAACUGCUCCAGAAAAAGAGCUUCGUUUAUUAUUACUUGGUUUGGAUAAUGCUGGUAAAACUACAAUUUUGAAAACUUUGGCUUCAGAGGAUAUCACAAAUAUAACACCAACAGCGGGCUUUAAUAUAAAAUCAGUUAAUUCAGAUGGAUUUAAGUUGAACGUUUGGGAUAUUGGGGGCCAAAGGAAAAUCCGACCAUAUUGGAAGAAUUAUUUUGAGAAUACCGAUGUCUUGAUAUAUGUCGUAGAUUCCGCAGACAAAAAACGACUCGAAGAAACAGGCAUCGAGUUAUACGAGCUUUUGAGUGAUGACAAGCUUCUAGACGUACCUCUCCUAGUUUACGCAAACAAACAAGAUCUUCCCGAUUCCUUAUCAGCUGCCGAAAUUGCCAGAACUCUGGGAUUGCCCACGAUCAAAGACCGGUCCUGGCAAAUUCAAUCGUGUACCGCUACUCAAGGCGUUGGUGUGCGGGAAGGGAUGGAGUGGGUCUGCAAAAAUAUCAAAAAGAAAUAAUAUAUAUCGACGGUGUAGAUGUAAAUUAUAAAAUGGCAGAUUGUAGAAAUCUCAAAUGCUUGAUUAAUUAGUUUUUUUAUUAGUGUACAAGUAAGACGAAAACCCCAUAGGAUUAAAAAUAGCUACUAUAAAUUAAUAAAAUAGCUACUAUGGUUCUUUUCAUAGCCUUCUUUUAGCUGUGAUGUAAUCUUGUGGUUUAAGCAUGUAAGGUAC